AUGGUCAAGCAGCUCCUCGUCGACAAUAUAGAUUUCGGCUCGGUGCCGGUGGGCACCAUCAAAAUCGACUGUCUGGGCGCAUAUAUAGCCAAUGACCAUUUAAUCAGAGGUCAGUAUGGCCUGCUGAGCUCCAGUGCUCUGCCACUGCCGCCUGAGUCGUCGGAAUCCGAAUCUGAAGAGGAGGCUGCUAGUCAGCUUCUGGCGUCGUUUGCUCAGAUGGGCGUCAGCGCUUCUACGGACUCGGUCAAUGCCCAAAACAUUGCCUUACCUCAGCAUAACUCAGACAUCAUUCACAUGAGUAUCGACAUUGGCGGUACGCUUACAAAAUUGGUCUACUUCACGUCGUCGCUGUCUGACCUGGAAGACCCGCUGAAUUCAGGCGGCAAGUUGCAUUUCCAGGACUUCCAAACGGGCAAUUUCGAGAAGGAGGCUCUUUCGUUCAUGAUACAGCUCAUUCGCAAGUCCAUCAUCAACAAGCUGAACCCGCCAAUUACUUAUGUCAUGGCUACUGGAGGCGGCGCCCAUAAGUUUUGCAAGUUGAUGGUGUCAGUGUUCAAGAAACACAAGUUCCCCAUGCAAAUUGUCAGGAAGGACGAGAUGGAGUGUCUCAUCAAAGGCCUCGACUGGCUCAUUACCAAGAUUCCCAACGAAAUUUUCACUUACGACCUUGUGGCCAACGAUAUCAAGUUCAUCACCAGUCCUUAUACCACCGAAGCACAGAUUUAUCCGUAUUUGCUCGUGAACAUCGGUUCUGGUGUGUCGAUGAUAAAAGUCACAGGCCCAGGUCCUCAAGGUUUCGAGCGUAUUGGGGGUUCUUCCCUUGGAGGAGGUACCUUAUGGGGUCUCCUUUCUCUCCUCACUGAUGCCAAAGACUACACAGAGAUGUUGGAAAUGGCUCAACGAGGCGACAACGAAAAUAUCGAUCUUUUGGUUGGUGAUAUCUACGGCACCAGCUACAACAAGAUCGGCUUGAAAUCCACCCACAUUGCAUCUUCUUUCGCCAAAGUGUUUAAGAAGCUUCGUUUCUCCAAGCAAGGCAGACCGCUUACACCAACUGAAAAGUUAGCACAGUUCAAACAGGAAGACAUUGCACGGUCGCUUUUGUAUCUGAUUUCCAAUAACAUAGGCCAGAUUGCGUACUUGCAGGCGCUUCGGUUCGACCUCAAGCGUAUUUAUUUCGGAGGCAGUUACAUUCUGGGACACAUGCAGACAAUCCACACCCUAAGUUAUGCUGUUAACUUCUGGUCCAAGGGCGACAUGAAGUCGUACUUCCUUAGACACGAGGGUUACUUGGGUAGUGUCGGAGCGUUUAUGAUGGGGCCCAACGGCGAUGUCAAUAACGGAUGCUUGUAUCAUUAG